GUUGCUAAAAUAGUAAUGAGGAAGGGUGUAAUAUAAGUAUGGUCAUACAGUUCUUGUCCUACAAGUAACCAGAGUGGUAUGUAUGCAUGUUGUUCAGUCUCCUUUUGAAAGGUAGAAGUAAAAUCAUUUGUAUGUUUUUCUCUUGUACAGCUUAAAAUGACAAAUGUGUAAUUUCUGUGGAAUAAAUGGCGUCCAAAGUCACAGAUGCUAUAGUCUGGUAUCAAAAAAAGAUUGGAGCAUAUGAUCAACAAAUAUGGGAAAAAUCUGUUGAACAAAGAGAAAUCAAGGGGUUAAGGAAUAAACCAAAGAAAACAGCACAUGUGAAACCAGACCUCAUAGAUGUUGAUCUUGUAAGAGGGUCUGCAUUCGCCAAGGCAAAGCCUGAAAGUCCUUGGACUUCUUUGACUAGAAAGGGAAUUGUUCGAGUUGUGUUUUUUCCUUUUUUCUUCCGGUGGUGGUUACAAGUAACAUCGAAGGUCAUCUUUUUCUGGCUUCUUGUCCUUUAUCUUCUUCAAGUUGCCGCAGUAGUAUUAUUCUGUUCCACUUCUACCCCACAUAACAUACCUCUGACAGAAGUGAUUGGGCCGAUAUGGCUGAUGCUGCUCUUGGGAACUGUGCAUUGCCAGAUUGUUUCAACAAGAACACCCAAACCUCCUCUAAGCACAGUCGGUAAAAGAAGAAGGAAAUUAAGAAAAGCAGCCCAUUUGGAAGUCCAUAGGGAAGGAGAUGGCUCUAGUACCACAGAUAACACCCAGGAAGAAGCAGUUCAUAAUCAUAGUACAAGCACCCCUUACACUGUUGGCGCUGUCUUCAGAGAUCUCUGGCAUGCUGCUUUCUUUUUAUCAGGGUCAAAGAAAGCAAAGAGUUCAAUUGAUAAAUCAACUGAAACUGACAAUGGCUAUGUAUCCCUCGAUGGGAAAAAGACUGUUAAAAGUAGUGAAGAUGGGAUAGAAAACCAUGAACCUCAGUGUGAAACUGUUAAACCAGAAGAGACAGCCUGGAUCACAGGAACUUCUAGGAAUAUUCCCAGCAAAGAUACUCAAAGGACAUUAACAAAUGUCUCUGAUGAAGUAUCCAGUGAAGAUGGUCCUGAAACAGGAUACCCAUUACGCCGUCAUGUGGACAGGACGUCUGAAAACAUUCUUCGAAGCAGAAAGUCACACCAUUAUAAGAAGCAUUAUACUAAUGAGGAUGCCCCUAAAUCGGGUACUAGUUGCAGCUCUCGCUGUUCAAGUUCCAGACAGGAUUCUGAGAGCACAAGGCCAGAAUCUGAAACAGAAGAUGUAUUAUGGGAAGACUUGUUACAUUGUGCAGAAUGCCAUUCAUCUUGUACCAGUGAGACAGAUGUGGAAAAUCCUCAAAUUAAUCCAUGUGUGAAAAAAGAAUAUAGAGACGACCCUUUCCAUCAGAGUCAUUUACCCUGGCUCCAUAGCUCCCACCCGGGAUUAGAAAAAAUAAGCGCUAUAGUAUGGGAAGGCAAUGAUUGUAAGAAAGCAGAUAUGUCUGUGCUUGAAAUCAGUGGGAUGAUAAUGAACAGAGUGAACAGCCAUAUACCAGGAAUAGGAUACCAGAUUUUUGGAAAUGCCAUCUCUCUAAUCCUGGGUUUAACUCCAUUUGUUUUCCGACUGUCUCAAGCUACAGACUUGGAACAACUCACAGCACAAUCAGCUUCAGAACUUUAUGUGAUUGCAUUUGGUUCUAAUGAAGAUUUCAUGGUUCUUUCUAUGGUUAUAAUAAGUUUUGUGGUCCGUGUGUCUCUCGUAUGGAUUUUCUUUUUUUUGCUCUGUGUAGCAGAAAGAACUUACAAACAACGAUUGCUUUUUGCAAAACUUUUUGGACAUUUAACAUCUGCAAGGAGGGCUCGAAAAUCUGAGGUUCCUCAUUUCCGUUUGAAGAAAGUACAGAAUAUAAAAAUGUGGCUAUCUCUUCGUUCCUAUCUUAAGCGUCGAGGCCCUCAGAGAUCAGUUGAUGUCAUCGUUUCAUCAGCUUUCCUAUUGACUAUCUCAGUUGUAUUUAUCUGUUGUGCUCAGCUGCUUCAUGUACAUGAGAUCUUCCUUGAUUGUCACUACAACUGGGAACUCGUCAUAUGGUGCAUCUCACUGACACUUUUUCUCUUACGAUUUGUUACACUUGGAUCAGAAACAAGUAAAAAAUAUAGCAAUACCUCAAUAUUACUUACUGAACAGAUAAACCUCUACUUGAAAAUGGAGAAAAAACCUAACAAAAAGGAAGAACUAACAUUAGUGAAUAAUGUUCUAAAGCUGGCCACUAAACUAUUAAAGGAAUUGGACAGUCCCUUUAGACUGUAUGGGCUUACAAUGAAUCCACUGCUUUAUAACAUCACCCAGGUUGUCAUCCUGUCAGCUGUUUCUGGUGUUAUCAGUGACUUGCUUGGUUUUAAUUUAAAGCUAUGGAAGAUUAAAUCAUGACAAUUCAGAGACGAGAAGAUGCCGCCUCUUUCAGAGUAUGAAUUCUGACUAAGCUGCCUGAAAACAGUCACUGACUCCUCACUUCAGAGGUCUCCACUGGGAAAUUGAAGUGUUUACAUCAGACUGUCUUGUGCAAUUCUUAUAUUUAUUUUACUUGUUCACUAUUUUUUUACAUUUAUUUUAGUGUUUUUUUUUAAAGCAUUGGUGUUCUUAGUUGUUGAAAGGGUGAUAAAACUGAUACCCCAAUACUUGAGAUCCUGGUAAUUGCUUGUAAUUAACAAAAUAAGAAAUUGUGAGAAUAGAAGCCAUUGCUAAGCACUGUUUCUCCAUCAAUGCCGUGAACUUGCCUUACUUGAGAAAAAUAAUUUAAUAUUGAAAUACUGCAUUGGACUCAACUAGACACAUACAGCAUUUUCUUCAGUAUGUCAAGAUUUAGUCAGGGUUUCUCUUGAAAUGUUAUAGAACAAUGCCAGGAUCUAAACUUAUUAAGCUACAGUUUAAGCACCCUUCAGUGUUAAUACAUAUGGUAUUAUAUAACAGGUCAACAAGUGCUCUUUGAUGAUAAAACUCUUAAUGGAGCAAUAAUUGUAAAUGGUUACCAUACUGUAAAAUAUUUUGAUAAAAAUAAAUUAGUAAUAAUUAUAUUUAUUUGAAACACUGGGCUGUUUGCACAGCUCCAACUGUGCAUGCUCAAAAUGUGCACUUUUAAAAUUGUUACUUUUAAUGCAUAUCUUUCUAUGGGAUAUGUUAUAGUGUACUAGGGCAUGAUAUGGUAUCCUUUUGAGUGAGAGGUAUUCUCAUCUCACAAGUGAAGUGCCUAUUGCUAUUACUAAAGUACGUUAUGUUUACUCAAGCAAAAUAAUUUUCUCCAUGGUACACUAUAGUGUAUGCUAUUCAUACAACACUUAAAUAAACAAGUAUAAGAUUAAGAGUGAGUAAAAUAUUUCUCGGAAUUAUAAAAUUACAUCCAACUUUUCAGAAGACACAGCUUCAGCAUCCAAAUUCUAUGCUCUAAACUUAAUCUGGUGCAACUUCCCAUCCAACCAUCCCCCCUCCACCCUACUCCCACCCCAUUGCACCCCCAGUAUAUAAGGGCUAUCUUAACCUGGAAAAUUAACUACUCUCCCCUUCAGUAAUUUGCCAAGUGUCCAAUGAGAACUUGUCAUGUUGGUAUUUUAGGUAAAUGGGGAAAAUACGACAGUAUGUUAUAUUGGGCCUUGAUUUUAAGUUGUUAUGUUUGUACAAUCAAGAGUAUUUUAGGAAUUACAUGAAACAUAAAAUGUUCUGUGACUUUUUUGUUAAAUUGAGCAUCUGGUUUCUAAAGCAAAGAAUUUAUUUGAAAAUAAUCUAGAAUUUUCUUGGUGCAGAGUCAUGUUGAAUAUCCUCACAUUUUUGCCAUGUUUUAAGUAAUUUAUAAAAUUAAUUGUAAAUAAUUUAUUUGAUUGGUGCAGUUCUAAUUCCCAAAUCAUAAUCUUAAAUCAGGAAUGUGUGGAGAAUAGAGCCAUUGUCCUAUCACUUUGCUCUUACCAUUCCUUUUGACCAGCCUCAAUUCAACCUUGUUAUAUAGUGUUUUUUUUCCUUUGUAUACACAACAACAGAAGGCAUUUUGUUUUAUUUGCCUAAGUUCUAAUAUGUUUAAUAAUGACCAAAGUGCAUUCUGAGUAUCUUCAAGGAAUGUAUUACUGGAGCUUUAAGAACAUACUUAGUUUCUCAUGUGAAAUAUUAGGCUUUGUCUGAUAGGUUCCUUCUUCCUCUAUUGUCCAAUAUUGAGGUUGUUUUUAGGAGUUAUAUUUUAUAAACUUUUUCAAAAUAAGGUACAUACCUAUACAGAACUUAACAUUUUGCACAGAAUAUAUUAAAUAUAUUUUGAGAAAAAAAGUACGGCAUGAGUUCUGUUAGGGAUAAGAGAUGAAAUUAUUGUAUCUCACACACACAAAAAAAACUUAUUUCAGAAUGGAACUAUUUUUAAGAAAAGUAGGCAAGUAUACUGAUUUAGGACAAUGCUUGCAUUAGGUUGAAGUUCAGUUUAACUUAGAAUUGGGAGUUGAUUUAUUGAGUAUCUCUCAACAGCUUAAUAGUAUGUUGAAUUAUGUCAUUAAUGUUGGCAGCAGUAGAUACUAAAAGGAAGAAGUUGUCAUGUAGAGCAGUCUCAUAGUGUUAACAGAACUGUUUCAAGGUAGAAUAUUGACAUUGCUGCCUUUAAGAUUACCAUGAAUGUAAAAAAUUGCAAUUGUAACAUAUCACAUCGUAUAGAAAAGACAGUUUAAGGGUAGAACGGACAGAUGUCAUGUAUUAACUGUUGUUCUUGCCACAUGUGUUGUAUUUGGAAGUUUGAACAAGUUUAAAAUAAAACGUUAUAUGACUGGU